AAUAUGAUGAAACUGUAGAUUGCAGGAUCAGAAGGACUGCACACUUAUAAAUUGGCGUUACCAAGAUGCAUAAAACUAGCAUUUGUUGGGGGUGGUAUCAAACAAGGUCAUUAGGUGGAUACAUACUAAACAAAUUUCUCCUCCCAAUUUGCUUCUUUUUCUUUUGGCGGUCCAUUUCUGGUGUUGUGACUUGUGACCAGCGACAGUAGGAAUUUAGGAAGCUGAAGCCUUGUUUUUAUUCCUCUUUUAAGGAUCAUGAUCAGAUGCUCUCCAAGUCAAAGCAAUACCCAUUCCUCCUCAACCCAUCUCUUAUUCAUCGCGUCUCAUCAAGUCUAGCUUUCCCGGAAAACCACAUUAUCAGAAGAUGCAUUGCUCUUGUGCAAUUCUGCGCCUCCUCCAAGUUCAAACUCAUGCAAAUUCAUGCCUUCUCUAUCAGACAUUGUGUCCCACUCACCGACCCGGAUAUGGGCAAACACCUUAUCUUGGCCAUUGUCUCCCUCUCUGCCCCUAUGUCCUAUGCACACCUCGUCUUUUCCCAAAUAAGAAGCCCCAAUAUAUUCACGUGGAACACAAUGAUUAGAGGCUAUGCUGAGAGCGAGAACACGAGCCCAGCUAUUCAACUUCAUCACCACAUGCAUUUGGCUUCCGUUCAACCUGAUUCGCACACUUAUCCUUUUCUUUUGAAGGCUAUAGCUAAGUUGACAGAUGUUUGGCAGGGUCAAAAGAUUCAUUCAAUUGCUAUAAGAAAUGGGUUUGAGUCUCUGGUCUUUGUCCAGAACUCUUUGGUUCAUAUGUAUGCUGCCUGUGGGCAUGCUGAGAGGGCGCACAAAAUGUUUGAUUUAAUGCCCGAGAGAGAUCUUGUGGCAUGGAAUUGUGUGAUUAAUGGAUUUGCUCUGAAUGGGAGGCCCAAUGAGGCUCUGAUACUAUUUAGGAAUAUGAGUUUUGAGGAUGUAGACCCUGAUGGUUUCACAAUGGUUAGUUUGUUGUCUGCUUGUGCUGAGCUUGGAGCUUUGGCGUUGGGGAGGAGAGCCCAUGUGUAUAUGUUGAAGGUUGGCUUCAUUUCAAACUUACAUGCUAAUAAUGCUCUUCUGGACCUCUAUGCCAAGUGUGGGAGCAUUAGAGACGCUCAACAAGUGUUUAAUGAGAUGGAAGAAAGGAAUGUGGUUUCUUGGACUUCUUUACUUGUUGGCUUGGCUGUUAAUGGGUUUGGUGAAGAAGCACUCGAGCUUUUCAAGGAGUUGGAGAGAAAGAGAUUGGUGCCUAGUGAUAUAACUUUUGUUGGGGUCCUGUAUGCCUGCAGCCACUGUGGAAUGGUGGAUGAAGGGUUCAAUUAUUUUAGAAGGAUGGAAGAGAAGUGGGGUAUUGUGCCCAAAAUAGAACACCAUGGUUGCAUGAUUGAUUUGUUGGGUAGGGCAGGGUUGGUGACAGAAGCAUAUGAAUAUAUCCAAAGCAUGCCAUUGCAGCCCAAUGCUGUUAUUUGGAGGACCUUACUGGGAGCAUGUAUAAUACAUGGGCAUUUGGCUCUUGGGGAGGUAGCAAGAGCCCGACUCGAACAAUUAGGCCCCGGACAUAGUGGGGAUUACGUGCUUCUCUCCAAUCUAUAUGCUUCAGAGCAUCGUUGGUCAGAUGUCCAAAAGGUGAGAAAGACGAUGCUUAGUGAAGGUGUGAGGAAAAGUCCAGGAUAUAGUCUUGUAGAGUUGGGCAAUCGUGUUUAUGAAUUUAUCAUGGGUGACAGAUCUCAUCAAGAAAGUGAGGAAUUAUAUGCAAUGCUAGCAGAAAUCACAAAAUUGUUGAGAUUGGAAGGUUAUGUGCCUAACACAGCAAAUAUCCUAGCAGACAUAGAGGAGGAGGAGAAGGAGAUUGCUCUGUCCUAUCACAGUGAGAAAAUUGCUAUUGCUUUUAUGCUUGUCAAUACAGCACCAGGGACCCCGAUUAGGAUUUUGAAGAACUUGAGAGUCUGCACAGAUUGUCAUGUUGCAUUUAAACUCAUAUCAAAGGUGUAUUCCAGGGAGAUUAUUGUGAGAGAUCGCAGUCGGUUCCACCAUUUUAGAAAUGGCUCUUGUUCUUGUAGGGAUUACUGGUGACAUUAUGUUGGUUGAUUUUUAUUUUUAUUUUUUAUUUUUUUUUUUAAGGUACGGGUUAGCUAUUCAUAUGAUAUAGAAUAUAAAUGAAGCUCCAUUGAAAAUUUAGUUUGGAUACAAAGUGAUAAACUAAUUAUGGUGUAAAUAUGGGUCGGUUAAGCACUUUGUGAGACGAGCAGUAGUAUCAAGGGUUGGAGAUAGAGUAAUGUCUAAGCGCUAUACAAGAUUUACUUCUAGCUAAUUAUAUUGUAUCAGAACCACAACCACCAUAGCUUAUUUGAUAAUUGCCCUUUAUGAACUAUUGAAAAGGAACUGAAAAAAA